AUUUUGUAUUCAGGUACUGCAAAAAAUGGCUUCUCCCAGUCCUAUUCCCGCCGGCGUUACUAAGGAACAGGCGUUUAGUAUGGCACAAACGGAGAUGGAGUAUCGGGUGGAACUCUUUAACAAGCUUGCUCAAACAUGCUUUAAUAAAUGUGUGGAUAAAAGGUACAAGGAAGCUGAGUUAAACAUGGGUGAGAAUAGUUGCAUCGACCGUUGUGUUUCCAAGUACUGGCAGGUAAAUGGAAUGGUUGGACAGCUUCUAAGUGCUGGCAAGCCUCCAGUUUAAAGGCAAUUAUUAUAGACCAAAAGCUCUUGGAGGAAACAAAACUCUGUUCUUUGUUUUUUUCUAAAGCUCAAGGCAAUCUUGUUUUUAUUGUCAAGAAAAUUGCAUCACAUUU